AUGAAAACGUUGAAGUUCUUGCAACUAAAGAGCCGGAACCCUGGAGGCCGACAAAGUAGGCACAGCUUCGGUUUCUUUCGUACCCAAGAUGAAGGUAUAUCAAAUAUUCCUCCUAAACCAGAGAGAGAAAAAGAUUUUUCUUCAACUUUAAAGACUUAUCUUACGAAAAAAAAGAAUCGAAGUCAAAGAGAUCAAUCUACAUCUCGAGAGGUUCGUGCCUCUGCUGUUGAAGCCUUUACCAUAAAUGGUCUAAAGGAAGAAAUAAGACAACGAGAGGCUACGCUGGAAGCCUUAAAUAAAAGAAUUAAAGGCAUAGAAUCUGAAAGGGAUCGUGCUCAAGUAGAGUUAGAAGAAGCUCAAGCUCAAAUUAAGGAGCGUAGUCAUGAGGUCCGGGACCUUAAGGCCUUGCUCCCGGAACGUGACGAAAUUAUUGAACAAUUAACAGAAAUUGUUAAUAAAAUGAGAAAAGAAAAAGAACUUUUACAAGUUGAAUUAGAUAAAACAAAAUCUGAAUUAAAAGUUCGUGAAGGUGAAAUAAGAGAAUUAAAUUUUUCUUUACUUGAAUGUGCUCAUGAUUUACAAGCAGCUAAAACUGAUUUAUCAGUUACAAUAAGUGAAAGAGAUACAGCACUUCAUGAUAUACAAAAACAAUUAAAAGAAAGAGAAAAACUUGUAAAAAAUCAUGAAAUACAAAUACUUUCACUUAAACAAGAGCUUGAAGCAGCAAAAAUUGAUCUUAACUCUACAAAAGAAGAACUUGAAGCAACUCAAACAAAAUGUUCAGCAGAAAUUGAUGCAACACAAGCAAUGUGUUCAGCAGAAAUUGAAGCAACAAAAGCAAAAUGUACAGCAGAAAUAGGAGUAAUAAGGGCAAAAUACGCAGCAGAACUUCAUGCAACAAAAGAAGAACAUGCAGAUGAAUUAGAGGCAACAAAAGCGCAGCUUUCAUUUUUUAAAUCACAACUUGAUUCAACUAAAGCACAACUUUCUUUUACCAAAUCAAAACUUGAAUGGGCAAAAGCAGAUUUAUCAUCAAUUAAAUCAUUAUUAGAUACAGCAAAAGCAGAUCUUGCCACCACGAAUAAUAAAUUAAAAAGAACGACAGCAGAAUUAGAAGCAACUAAAGAAGAAGUUGAUGAAUAUAUAGAUAUGAUGGCAUAUAGAGAUGGACUUACUUCUCUAAUAAUAUCAGUUUAUCAAGAAGAUAUUCGAAAUGAAAAAGAAAGAGCACAAAAUAAAACGCAAGCCGCAGAAUAUGAAUUGAUGAAAGAAGAAAUAGCGUGCCUGCAAGCACAAGUUGAGACUUUAAUGGCUACUCCCAAAUCACUAGAAGUUAUCUAUGAGUCAUCCACUUCUCUCGCCAACAUAUCGACACCACCAGAAUCCCCUUGUAAUUCGCGACCAAGUAGUGACCUCUUUAAUGAAAUGACUAAUGAAUCAAAUGGUAUACCUGAUAGUAUGAUUAAUGGAGGUAUAAAUACAGUGGUUACAACUGUUGCGAACGGAGAUUGGGUAACGGUUAGAAAACGAGGUAGUAAACGAAGAGGUGCAUCUCGAAGUCGCGGAGGAAAUCGUGGUGGACGAAGG